UUUUAUACAAGAAGCUGUGAAAAAAGUAUAUAAUCUUUUAAAAGAUCAUUUAUAAAUCAUAUAAGAAGGUAAAUAUCUUGGUUAACUUUUGGCAUUUCUGUCAGGUUUUGAAAAAAAAGUUCUGUGAACAAGAUAAUGGCGAUCCGCUGUAUAAAAAUAUAUGUUUCCGCCAUCCAAAUUUCCUGCGUUUUGCUAAAUGCUGACUUUUUUGUGAGUUCCGUAUGCCUUGAGGACAUUCCGUCAUUUAUUAGAAGUAGCAAAGCUUGUGAAUUUAGAACGGUUGAUUUUGACAUCAUAUCUAAUGAUAGCACUAAAGGAUGUCACAUUGAUUGUUCAAUACUUUCUACUGAUCCACCGUCUUCUCAUAUGGAUAGCGUAUAUAAAAUAUUGACAAUAGAAGUUAAAUUACUUUUUGUUUCAAAUGGAUUUAAUUUGCAAACACAAUGUAUAAAUAGAAACCCUUCUUUGAACAUCAGAAUCGGUUGCGAAGGAGAAUUUAUACACAAUCGUGGAAUAAGAGAAAGAUGUGACAGCGACACUCAGUGUGAAAAUGGUACAACUAAUUCCUUUUGUAAUGAGACGAGCGGAUUUUGUCAGUGUAAAGCAGGAUCUCUGUUUUUGAGGGAAUCAAAUACCUGUUCUCCAGGUCAAUAAUGUAUAUUUUUUAUUUUAAGCUCACUUGAGCCAAAGGCUUUUCUGAUCACAAUUUGUCCGUUGUCUUUCGUUGUCGUUGUCGUCGUUCUUGUCGUCGUCGUCGUUGUCAUCGUCGUCGAAGUUGUAGACUUUUGCACAUUUUUAUCUUCUUCUCAAGAACCACUGGGCAGAUUUCAACCAAAUUUGGCACAAAGCACCACUAGGUGAAUGGAAUUCAGGUUUGUUCGAAAGAAAGUCCACGCUCUCCUUAAAGGGGGGAUAAUUGAGAAUUACUGAAAAUUUGAUGGUAUUUUUCAAAAAUCUUAUUCUCAAAAACUAUUUGGCCUGAAAAGCUUAAACUUGUGUGGAGGCAUUCUCAGGUAGUGUAGAUUCAAAUUUGUUCAAAUCAUGGUCCCUGUGGGUAGGGUGGGGCCACAAGAGGGGAAUCAAGUUUUACAUAGAGAUAUAUAGAGAAAAUCUUUUAAAAUCUUCUUCUUAAAAACUACCAGGCCAGAAAAGCUCAAAAUAAAAAAGAAGCAUACUCAGAUAGUGUAGAUUCAAGUUUGUUCAAAUCAUGGUCCCCGAGGGUAGGGUUGGACCACAAUUGGGGGAUCAAGUUUUACAUAGAAACAUAUAGAGAAAAUCUUUAAAAAUCUUCUUCUCAAAAACUAUUAGGCAAGGAAAGCUCAAAUUUGAGUGGAAGCAUCUUCAGAUAGUGUAGAUGCAAGUUUGUUCAAAUCAUGGUCCCCAGGGUAGGGUG